CGAGAGACGAGCACCAACUUCACGAGGUUCAUGUGUGUUUUGCGCAGGUGGAUUGUUUGUUUACAAUCGGCUUUUUUAUUUUGCUGCUGUAGUUUGUUGUUAUCGUUGGGUAUAUAUUGCUGGUAUUGACGGUUUCGAUCAUUCGAAUAGUCGUUGGUGAUUAAUUUCUACAAGGAAAUCGAUACUGAACGAGUUUUUUUGAUAACGAAAAAACGAUCAAAAUGCCCAAGGACAGCUCCGAUGAUGAAAAGGAUGCGGAAAGGCCACUAGUGGCAAAAACUGCAGUAGAUUUACAAAGGUUGAAAGUGAUAAAGUUAAUGAAAAAUCCAGAAAAACCAGUUAUUAUACCAGAACGACCCAAGUCCAAAAAUACACCUGCAGUACCUGAGUUUGUACGCAACGUUAUGGGUAGCAGCGCUGGAGCUGGUAGUGGUGAAUUUCACGUAUAUCGCCAUUUAAGAAGAAAAGAAUAUGCUCGGCAGAAAUUUAUUCAAGAAAAAGGUCACAAGGAACUUUUGGAUGAAGAGUAUCACAAAAAGCUUGAAGAAAACAAAAAAUUAGCAGAUGAAGCGACAGCUAAAAAAAGAGCUAAAAGAUUAAAAAGGAAACAGAAAUUGAAACAAAAGAAAUUCAAGCCAUCUGACAAAAACAAGGUGAAAAAUGAAGACAGCAGUGAAAAAAGUAAUUCUGACGAUUCUUCUGAUGAAGAAAAAUUGAACGACGAAAAUAUUACAAAAGAAUCAGCAGAUUCAGGGGUCAAAGCAGAGCCUGAAAUACCUGAUGCCAAUGUGAUGCAAACUGAUUCUGAAAAUCAAACUACUGUUGAUGUAAAUCAGGAAGAAUCAAGUACAGAAAUCAAGUCUGAAGACCAAGUCAAAGAAGAAAUUUCUGAUGCUAGGGAUAGAGAGGGUACUAGUGCAAGUGAAGAAAUAAAUAAAGCAAACAUGAAAACUGAAAAUGAUAGUGCAUGUAAAGAAAGUGAUAAUGACAGUGAGAAAAAAUCUAAAGAGAUAAAAGAUGAGGAUAACAGUUGAUAAACAUUGUCAUUGUUAGUAAAUUUUGGCAACAUGAUCUGUAUUAUAAAUUAUAUAUUUUAAUAAAAAAUUAAAUUAAUUAUUUGUAAA